CCGAAUCAACUAAAAAGUGAAAAUUGAUUUUUUGACACCUAAGCCCCCAUUCCGUAGACCAGGUCACAUAUAUGAAUUAAUGUAUGGAUUGUCUCUAAUUCAAUUGGUAUAAAUUUUGUAAAAAAAGUACAGAGUAUGGUGUUGUAAGGAACCUUCAAUUUCAUUCUCCUUCUGUUCCUCGUUCCAUUUCCACAAAGUUGCUGCAAUACUUUAACCACCGAUCGAUCUGAUAUGUUAUCUGACGUAAAUCAAGUUCGCUGUUUCGGUCCAGCAUGUUGAGAAAAUGUAGAGUUCCUCUGUCCAUUCGAAUUUCAUCAAAUUUGUAGUGUAAAUUUUUAUUAUUACAAAACACUAAAAAAUAAAUUUUUUCCAUGUAAUACGUUUUACAAACUACCAUUUUUUUCUAAAUGUAGCGGGAAUGUGAUUUGGAGCCCGUGAUAACAGUAGGUUAGAACUAACAUUGUUGCAUAACAGAACGUUUUUAUUUUUAAUUAAAAACAAACUACACGAAAGCAUUACAAGUGUAAAUGUACUAUUUCAUGUUUUCGAUAUCAAUGGCGUUUGUCUGGUUCGCUCACCUCGAGCUACAUACCUAUAUAUACCAGAUGAUGAAUCUACUGACUACACAACUUGCGUUUUGGAUCUAGUUUAAAAAUAGUUCUCAUUGGCGAUAUGAGGAUUUUGACUGUCACGAUUAUAUUCAUUGGCCUAAUUUGGUUUUGCUUGGUAAUAUGAUUGCUGAACAACCGUAUACGGUACAAAAUGAAGCGCUUGAACCAUUUAAAGGACUGAGGGAAACUUGCGUCGACAUGUCUAAUUUAAAAACUGUGGGGCGCCAACGUUUUUUGAAUGGUUCGGUCGCAAUACUGCAGGACCUGGAUAGUGAUAACUUUAAAUUUCAAGUAGAACUAUUUUCGAGUCCACAGGGUGAUGGUCAAUACAAGCAACUACCAAUGGGUGUGCCAAUGACUAGAGUUUGCGAUGGAUUCAAAGAUUUGUACACAAAAAUCGUACAACCUUCUCUAAAACAGGGAGAAAAUACGAACUUCCCGUUCAUACCGGAUGAGGGGCUAUGUCCUUUACCAGCUGGAGAGUAUUAUAUAAAAACUGUCGAGUUCGAUACGGAUACCUGGCCCAAUCAGAUUCCACGCGGCGUCCUAAAGGCUGUGUUAACAUUUUUCAAGAAUGAAGUGAGUGUUGGCGGAACUGUGAUGAAAAUGAAAAUCGAGGAUCGACAGUAAUGAACGCAGUGAAAGCCAAAAUUAAUAAACGGUUAGCAGCAGAUCAUAUAUAGUUGUACUGAAAACGUGGUGGAGGGAAUUGAAUAUUUUUAGAUAUAGCUCUCUUGAAGACAUAAAGAUUUUAUUUGGGUCCAGGGUUUUUCCAUAUAUUUUAAGGCUAUCAACACUGUCACUAAAUGCCACACAUUUUUUUUUUUGUGUUUGACAACGUGAAUAACUUAAUAUCAAUGCAUAUUUACUUAUUGACGGCAAUAAAUAUUAUAUUAUUUUUGUACAUAUCGAAGCUGCA